ACUAAGUCCAUAAAGUUACCAAUAAAGAUGGACCAAACAACAUUAGGAAUUCUAUUCUGCAUCAAAUUCGGAUGAACAACUGCUAAUUAUAAAUAACACUGUGAACUGAUUGAAUCAUUGUUUUUUCCCCUCAAUCGCAGUAGGCAGCCCUACUUUGCAUCGCUCAUGGCUUCCACCAAUUCUGUUUUCUGCUCUCUUCUGAUUCUUUCCCUCCUCAUUCACGGCCAACAUGCGUUCCUAACAAAAACGGCAGCAAGAAACCCUCCAUUAACAAAGGAAAGAGUUGAGAAGAUCAGCAAGGCGCUAUCCGAUGCAGGUUUCCAUAUCAUGUCUUUGAUCCUCAAACACCAGUUGCCCUACCUCAUACCAUGUUCUAGGAACAAUACCAUCACCAUAUUUGUUCCCCAAGAUCAAUAUGUUGGUUUUGGUCCUUCCAUUAAUCUACUAUAUCAAGUUGUACCGUCUCUAAUUGCCAACGGAGAAGAUUUCAAGGUUGAAUCUUUCGAAGAAGAAUUGUGGAGAUCAAAGUAUGGAGGAGAGUUUAGACUCUUUAAAGUGCCUACGUGCCAUCAAGGACAUAAGAUCUGGGCCACCCGUUACUCCGAUGGUUACAGAAUCAACCUAUCAAAGGUCACACAUUGGGGAAUCUAUAACGACGGACAUGUAAUCAUUCAUGGAGUUGUGCAUUUCUUUUCUUUGGAUAAGGAGAAGCCUUUUCAUGGUUUCCCAUUUUCGGGACUUCUUUAACAUACAGGACUAGAGGAAGGAAUCAUCUCUGUGUAUGUGUUUGUUUGUUUUCGUUUUUGUUUUUGAUUUUUUUUUUUUUUUGGUGUAAUUAAGGACUUUUGUCAUA